UGUGUGUGUGUGUGUGAGUGUGUGUGUGUGUGUGUGUGUGUGAGUGUGUGUGUGUGUGUGUGUGUGUGUGUGUGUGUGUGUGUGUGUGUGUGUGUGUGUGUGUGUGUGUGUGUGUGUGUGUGUGUGUGUGUGUGUGUGUGUGAGUGAUAACACUCAUAUUAAUCCAGUGACCUGGAUUGCGUUUGACUGGAGGAGGCAAGCCUAACAUAUCUAGAGCACAAAACAUACCAUGGCUACUUCCAGAGAGAGAGAGAGAGAGAGAGAGAGAGAGAGAGACAACCUCCCUCCCUCUCUCUUACAGAGCGAAACACACUCACACACUCAGUGUGGGAUCUGCCACAGUAUGGGCUGAAGGCAUCUAAGACAAGGACAUACUGAAGACACAGAGACACAGGAAACAGACUCAAAGAAACGACAAAGAAGAGCUGGCACGAGGAGAACAGGAGAGAAAGAAGAGAAACAGGCUGGAAAUAAGGUGGGAGAGAGUCGUGGAGACACAGCGCGAGAGGGGACGUGCGUGUCUGUCAGUGCCGGGACAACAGACACAGAACGGUCGUGGACCAGACGCUGGGACACACGCUCACAUGCACACCAUGGUGGUCCAGGCGGCCGUAACGCCCGGGAGGACCCGCAGGCUUCUGCUUAAACUGCCAGUUGGGACGCUGAGACGAAAUAGUGAAGACAGGAUGACGGAAGGGCGGAGAUGUCAGGUCCAUCUCCUGGAUGACAGGAAAUUGGAGCUCCUGGUACAGCCCAAGCUAAUGGCGAAGGAUCUUCUAGACCUGGUGGCGUCCCAUUUCAACCUGAAGGAAAAGGAAUAUUUUGGAAUCUCUUACAUAGAUGAGACGAGUCAUUUCAGCUGGUUGCAGCUGGAUCGGCGUGUUCUGGAACACGAAUUUCCCAAGAAAUCUGGACCCAUUGUGCUUUUCUUCUGCGUUAGGUUCUACAUAGAGAGUAUCUCUUAUCUGAAGGACAAUGCCACAAUAGAGCUGUUCUUCCUCAAUGCAAAGUCAUGCAUCUAUAAGGAGCUCAUAGAGGUGGACAGUGAGGUGGUGUUUGAACUGGCCUCCUACAUCCUACAGGAAGCUAAAGGAGACUUCACAAGUAAUGAUGCUACUAGGGCCGAUCUGAAGAAACUGCCAGCACUGCCUACACAAGCACUGAAGGAGCACCCUUCACUCGCAUACUGUGAGGACCGGGUCAUUGAGCACUAUAAGAAGCUGAGCGGACAGUCCAGAGGCCAGGCUAUCGUCAAUUAUAUGAGUGUAGUGGAGUCAUUGCCCACAUAUGGAGUGCAUUAUUAUGCUGUUAAGGAUAAGCAGGGUAUCCCGUGGUGGCUGGGUUUGAGCUAUAAAGGCAUUUUUCAAUAUGACUACCAGGACAAAGUCAAACCGAGAAAGGUGUUCCAAUGGAGACAGUUGGAGAAUCUGUACUUCAGGGAGAAGAAGUUCUCAGUGGAAGUCCAUGACCCGAGAAGGGCGUCGGUAACGCGGAGGACGUUUGGUCACAGUGGCAUUGCCGUACACACCUGGUACGCCUGUCCCACCCUCAUCAAGUCCAUCUGGGCCAUGGCCAUCAGCCAGCACCAGUUCUACCUGGACCGCAAACAGAGCAAGAGUAAGAUCCAUGCAGCGCGCAGUCUGAACGAGAUAGCCAUAGACCUGACAGAAACAGGAACCCUCAAGACGUCCAAACUGGCCAACAUGGGCAGCAAAGGCAAGAUCAUCAGCGGGAGCAGUGGGAGCCUGCUGUCCUCAGGCUCUCAGGAGUCAGACAGCUCUCAGACCGCUAAGAAGGACAUGUUGGCGGCUCUGAGGGCCAGACAGGAAGCUCUGGAGGAGACGCUCAGACUGAGAAUUGAGGAACUGAAGAACAUCUGCAUUAGAGAAGCGGAGCUGACAGGAAAGCUUCCUAAAGAAUAUCCUCUGGACCCUGGGGAGGAGCCGCCAACCGUCAGACGCAAAAUCGGCACGGCCUUCAAACUGGAUGAGCAAAAGAUCCUGCCCAAGGGAGAGGAAGAGGAAUUGGAGCGUUUGGAACGGGAAUUCGCAAUCCAGUCUCAGAUAACGGAGGCAGCACGGCGGUUAGCGUCAGACCCUCACAUCAGCAGUAAGAAGCUGAAGAAGCAGAGGAAGACGUCGUAUCUAAAUGCUCUGAAGAAACUUCAAGACAUCGAGAACGGCAUCAAUGAGCACCGUGUUCGCUCCGGGAAGAAACCAACACAACGUGCUUCUCUCAUCAUAGAGGAAGCGAACAUCGGCUCAGAGGACAGCUCACUCUCUGACGCCCUGGUGCUGGAUGAUGAUGACCCCCAGGUGGCAGGAACCCCCACGUUCUCGCCGGCUGCCUCCCCACACAAAGGUCUCCCACCUCGACCCCCCUCCCACAGCCGGCCGCCACCCCCGCAGUCCCUGGACGGACUGAGACACCUGCACUACCAGCGCACAGACUAUGACAAGUCUCCUAUCAAACCACGCAUGUGGAGCGAAAGCUCAUUAGACGAACCCUAUGAAAGGGUGAAGAAACGUUCCUCCCACUCCAGUAGUCACAGACGGUUCCCCAGCACGGGCAGCUGUGAGGCGGGUGGGAGUAACUCUCUCCAGAACAGUCCUGUGCGCUCAAUGCCUCACUGGAACAGCCAAUCCAGCAUGCCCUCCACUCCUGACCUAAGAACACGAAGCUACGUCCACACGGCCAGUGUAACUCAGCCCUUCCGUGGGCGGAGUUCCAGUCUGGAAUCUCAGGGGAAGCUGCUCUCCUUAGAGGCGGACACAGAGGCGGGGCUUAGCCCUGACCUCUUCCUGUCGGGCCCGCAGAGGACAGGAAGUAACGGCUCGGUGGUCCCCGACGACUGCUCGUCCUGCACCAGCCACUCCAGCUCAGAACAUUACUACCCCUCGUCCACCUCCAACCCCAACUACUGCACGCUAGCCGAGGACUCGCCCUCUAAAGCACGGCAGCGCCAGCGGCAACGGCACAAAUCCGCCGGGAACCUGGGCGCCUCCAGCUCCGGCAGCAUGCCCAAUCUGGCGGCCCGCAACGGAGGUACUCACGGAAGUGUGUGCGGCAGUCACCAGGGCGUGUACCUCCACAGUCAAAGCCAGCCCUCCUCGCAGUACCGCAUCAAAGAGUACCCGCUUUACACGGAGGGCAGCAGCCCCAACGCCGUGGUGGUCCGUAGCCUGGAGAACGACCAGGAGGGGCACUACAGUGUCAAGGCGCAGUUUAAGACCUCCAACUCCUACACUGCUGGGGGUCUUUAUAAGGAGGGGUGGGGCUCCGGGGAGGACGGCGAAGCGGGCGGGAGCAGCGGGAGGUUGACGCCGUCUCGUUCACAGAUUGUGAGGACUCCGUCUCUGGGCAGGGAUGGAGGAGGAGGAGGUGGGCGGGCAGCUGUGUCAGAGGAGCUGCGGUGCUGGUAUCAGCGCUCCUCUGGAUCGCUGAAGGAGCACAGAAGCGUCACGCACACCAGCUCCAAUCCCUCGGAUGGUCGUGGAGGACGGAUAGGGACGCUAGUGAAGGGGUCACCAGCUGCAUCUCCGCACGUUCAGAGGAGUGGAACGCUCUGUAGUGAACCUGCAGCUACGCCACCCUGCAGCCCACAACACAUCCUCAACUGGCAGGGCGGAUCGCCGUUCAACGAUAGUUGUUUCCUGAGCAGUCCCCUGUGUGCUGAUAUAGCGGACGUACAAUGGUACGGACAUGAGAAGGCAAAGCCGGGAACACUCGUCUAAUCCCUCAUCCCUCAUCCCUUUCUCUUUAAGAGAGAGAGAAAUAUGAAGGCAGGCCUUUCCAUAGGCUGAACCUCAACUUAUAAAAACCUGUAUGUCUGGAGCCAGUACCACCUCACCUACUUCCUGUCCGUCUAACUCCCUCUCUGUAUACCCAGCGGUACUGUGCUUAUGAACUAUGGAAAUACAGGAGUCUAAAUGAACUAAACUGAGCUUGACCUUUCCUGACCUUCCCCCUCAGACUUUGAACUUUGACCCAGUUAGCUGGAAGCCAGUUCCUGCGUAUGCACAAGAACCCUUAAUGUUAAAUGCGUCGCUGGAGUAACGUGCAUGCGAGAGACUUCUCGUGUACGCAUGUAUGUGUGAGCGUUGUACUAUAAAUAAACCCCAUCUCACGCACACACGUGCUCAAAUAGACACGCAUCCCGUGCUGUCGUGUGUGUCACUCUGCACUGAUGUCAGAGAAUCAACGCCGGUCAUGCACGAAAACACCUUCCGAUGUAUUGCUUUGUCGUCAACCACCUUCUUUGUUGAUCUCUAUGUUCGGAUAAAAGAAGAUGACCACAAGCCCCGCCUUCAUUCUACAGCCUCCCUUCUGAUUGGACCAUGAACUAUAAGUCACUCCUACCUUCUGAUAAUAUUUUGUGGAAAAGAAGAGCAUUUAAAUGGUGAUAGCAUUUCUCCAAUCUCCCUGGAAUUGAAGAUUAACCGCUAAAAUGUCCUCAUUGUUAAAAGGAUUCCAAGGAAACGAUGCAUGUAAUUCCCAAAAACAUUGUUGGUAUCUGUCCACUCCAUGGACCUUUAUGAUAACCGUUCAAAAGUUUAUAGCUGUAAGACAUGUUUGAUGCCUCUGUUCACUAAGGAUGCAUUAAAGUGAUGAAGAAUCACAGUAGACAUUUACAUCGUCACAAAUAACUAUUUCUAUUUCAUUAUAAGCUCCUUUCUUUAAACUUUCUGCAGGGUUUUGGAAAGAGGGGGCGUGGCUAAUUCAAUGGCUCAGUCUCGUGAAAGUCUCGUGAAUGGCUGAAAUUGCAUAACCGUGUCAAAUGUUAUAACAAAAAGAAAUGUUUCUUGAGUGCCAGAUGAGCACAUUAGGAUGAUCUCUUAAGGUGCGUACACACUGCCAGCGACGUCGCGCGCGACAGCGACUCAAUACCAUUCAUUUUCAAUGCGAGCACAGCGACUUCCGGCGACACGAGCUGUCGCGACCGUUGGCGCUAGAUGUGGGCGUGUCCAGCUACGUGACAAAGUUGAGAAAAGUUCAACUUUGGAGGGACUAACGGAAGCGACAGCCAAUAGGAGAGACGACGGGAGAGCUCACGUGAUCCUUCUCUCUCUCUCUCUCUCUCUCUCUCUCUCUCUCUCUCUCUCUCUCUCAGCUCCUGCAGUAACGGAUUGAUGGAUGAAAGGCUAAUUCUUGCUGUUAGAAAUGUUCCAGUGCUCUAUGAUAUGUCUCUUCCCACGUACAAGGACAUUUUUAAGAAAAAUACUGUGUGGAAAGGUGUAUCAGAAAUCGCGGGGAUUUUAUGGACCCAGACAGACCGGCGUUUGCGUUUUCGCCGCAGAUAAACAGCCGCUAUGGCAAACAGCACGCCUUGUUUCUCAUUCAUCUUUGAUAUAAAGCAUUUUAUGUACUGAUUCCAUUUAUAUUUAGUCUUUUCCCUCCAAAAUGUUUGUUUUUAGUGGCAAGAAAAGAGAUUCGCUGUCAACAGCAAAGGAGUGGCAUCCGUGAAUGUCAUUUAUAAACGUUACUAGGCAACCAGUAGUGGGAACACCCACUAGCGACUUCACCGCCAGCCACUGGCGACCUGCAGCGACAAAGUCCCUGGCAGUGUGUACGCACCUUUAAGGAUUAGGUUGACUGCUGAAAACGGGGGUGCCCCAUUGAUAUAUAUAAAAUAAAUAAAAAUAUAUAUAAAACACUUAUUUGACAUGUUUGUGCCGGUAUUUUGGAUCAAUUUAAUGCAUCCUCGGCCAACAGAAGCAUCAAUUUCUUUCAAAAACAAAAUUGUCUUGGUGAUGUAAAUCAUCCGAGGUCUUUGGAAACGUUGUCUUUGUCUGUAUGUACUGUAAUGUUGAAAAUUUUUCAUUUGUUGUGGUCCAGGCCAUUUAUCAUUUGAUCAAAUUUAGAAGCCAUAGCUGUAAUAAUGUAACAGAUACGUUAAAUGACCAAUCUGUGAAGUACUGUAUACCGCAUAAACACUCAAGCAGCAACCAGUGUACAUUUCUACAACGGUAACUUGCCGCCAUGUUGCUCUGAGCCUGUACUUUACACAGAUUUACGGUACAUCCCAUAAUGCCCCACUGUACGCCCGCGCUGCAUGCAAAUCUGUCACAACCCAAAAAACUACAAACCCCACAUUCCUUCUCCGUAAAUGUGUUGUGACAUCAGUCAAGCUGUCUCUAAUGAUGCGUUCCAUUCAAAGUCGAUAUUCCCAAUUUCCGAACAUAAAGGCAUUACUGCCCGAUGCUCGGAAGAUGACGCAAACAGAUCAGCAAUGUGACGUCUCAUCGCGAAGGAUAAAUGCUAGCGUUUGGCAUCCAGCUGUACAAUUAUCAGAGACUAUAGUUUACUGUAUUUCACACAUCUAUCAAUGGAAACGUUUGCUGCAAUUUAAUUAUCAUCAUGUAAUUCAGGAACGUUUGUGCUUUUAUUUACAUAAACGUGAAGAUUUAUCAUUAACUUCGUGCUUCAACCUGGGUGAUCUGCACUAAGUCUGUCUUAUUUUCUGGUCAAAAUAUCGAAACAUCCUUAAAACAAGACAAAAUGACUUGAGAAGUUGAGAAGUUUAUGCUUAAAACGAGACAAAUGGGGUAAGAAAAAUAGAAAAAAUUAACUUUAAUUUAAUGUAAUUUUUGUUUACGCCAUUGGCCAUUCUGUCUUGUUAUAAGCAUAAAUGUUACUAAUAAUUUUGAUAUAUUUCUCUGGGGAAAAAUAGAGACAAAAUAUGUCAUAUAAUUUCGUUUAUCAAGUAAAUUUAUCUUGUUUUAAAUAAAAGCUUCGUUUUCUGGAAAGCGAGACAAAAAUAUUCGAUUUUUUUGCAGCGUGCCAACAUGUUUGCAUGGCAUCAUGCACCCGCAUCUUGGCGAAAUCCAAGUUUCCAAGUUGGAAGUCCAACUUCGAGUGGCGUUCCAUUGCACUUUUCCCAAGGAGGAAGUUUGAAAUUCCAAGUUUGAGUUGAAUGGAAUGCAGCAUCAAACACAAAACACUCCUGGCCUUAUAGGUGUCAUGCUUUUAUGUUUGUCUGUGUUUAAUAUUCAGGAGACAACUAUAUUACAACUAAAACAUUCAAGUCAGAUGAGCACAACACAAAGUGGCACACAGACUUUAAAAAGGAUAGUUCAACCCCCAGUCACCAUUCACUUUCAUUGCAUGAAACACUUUAAUUUAAAGGUCUACAAUAAUGCACUAGUUAAGCGUGAAUAAGACAGUAAUUAAUGAUGAAUUAAAUGUAGAUUAAGGCUAUUUCACCCAUCAUUUACAACUUAUUAAACGUCUUAUUUUGCAUAGAAAGUAAUACAAUUAAUGCUCAAUUUCAGAUAUCGUAUAACGUUUACUAAACCAUUUUAAGCCAGUAAUGAAAGCUAAUUAAUAUUGCCGUUACUAGUAAAUUAAUAACAAAUUGACCCCCUGCUCUAAAGUGAAAGUUGAACCUACUCAAGUUAUGGGUUUGUUUUGCACACGCUUCAAUCGAAAUAAAUAAAGUUUCUGAAAAUACCGUCCUCCGCCACCCGGAUUGAGGCGAGUCACUACGCCACCACGAGUACUUGGAGCGCACUGGGAAUUGGGCGUUCCAUUGGGAAUUCUUUAGUGAAACCAAUAAUUAGUCUUAAUAAUAAUUACUGUUACUUAAAUAAACCUAAAUAGCACCUUAUAUAUGUCAAACAAACCUUUAACUUAAAUUGGAAAAUUUUCGCUUUAGAACUGGGGGUCGACUUGUCUUUAAUAGACGAUUUGAAUCAUUUAUUAGUGCUAUUUAGCCUUAAUUACUGGCUUAAUAUAUGACAUGUAUUAAUAUCUGAAAUGGAGCAUUAAUUGCAUAACUUUCAACACAGAAAUAAGAUAUUUAAUUAGUUGGAAAUUAUGGGUAAAAUAUCCUUACUCUACAUUUAAUUAUGCAUUAAUUAAUAACUUAUUCAUGCUUAACUAGUGCAUUAUUGUGGACACUUAAAUUAAAGUGAUACCCGUCUUUUGUUUCCCCAUACAAUAAAAGUGAAUCGUAUUUUUGGGUGAACUAUCCCUUUAAUAUUUCAGUCUGAAGGAUGUUACCUCUGACCUGUGAAGGAUUUCAGGAGAACAGCAUUUCCAGAAUGUGACGAGAAAUACGAUAGGUGCUUCGUUUUAAAAGCAGAAAAGCCUCUGAACCGAAACCAGGGCUGGACUGGUAAUCUGGCAUAGCGGGCAUUUUCCCGGUGGGCCGACGCAGUUUGGGGCCAAUCAGGGGCGGUUUUGGCCAUUGGGAGAACCGAGCUGGCCAGUGGGACAAAAAUGGGCCGUGAUAAGCUAAAUUGAGCCGCCGCGUUAUACAGAACGGACCACAAAACGGCGCCGCAAUAUGCAGAAAAGGCCCACGAACCUUUGGGCCAGUUGCUAUGUAAAAUCCCAGGCCGAGCCCUGACUGAAACCACGGGUGCCCCUCUAUCGAGGAAAAACAUCUCAAGCCAUAAAGUUUAAGACCACAUUUAUUACACACUCACAAGAUACGAAAACCGUGUACAGACAAAGUACUUUAAGAAACCGGUAGCUGAAAGCACACCCUUUGCCGUUAAUUCUCACCUUCCAAAAGUUGUAGUCAAUAGUUUGUGCAUUAAUAUAAUAAUAAGCAACUAUAACUGUCAUUCAUAACAGGUUAAAAUAGAUCCCAAACAGCAUCAUUUGUCCCCAAAUCGAAGAUCCCCGCACCAUAAACGGCCUCUUUUCUAAAUUUUGUAUCUGUCCUAAAAUAGAUCGUUCAACGCCCUUUGCGUGCAUGCUCAGCACACACCGUGCUACUUGAUGUUAAAACGAAAACAUGGUCUCAAAACAGCCCGUACCGUAAUAAAACACCACACACUCGUGCAUUUAGAGGUCGCUCAGACCCUCGUACCUCCCUGUACCCUCGUAGACCAACGUGAACUCGCCUCUCUUGUCUACCUGUACUCGAAACCGUAAAUCUUUUUAUAUAUAAAAAAAAAAACAACUAACACAUUUAUCAACAUUUAUAGGCAGGACUAUGGAAACCUUGACUAGGUUCUUUUAAAAGUUGAACAUUGACCAUACGUUUAAUGAUUUUUAUAAAUCAGUAUCCGUUUUAUUUCUGUCCGCGUUUUCACUAAAUGCUGGGAAGCAGUAACGACACGUUCAGGUGCUACAGGAAGACCGGUUACUGCUUUCAUGUCCCAGCUGUAGACGUUUCCUAAUGUUGUCAGUAGUUUUAAUACCAGUCAUGCAAAAUGAAGGAUGUUAGUUACUAAACCGUGUCUAUCACUUCAUCUUGACAAUAGAGCAUGUUUCAUGAGUUCGUUUCAGACAUAACCGCCGGACACAAUUCAAAUGGUGUUGUAGGGAAAAAAAAACGAAGUGGAAUUGUUGGGCGGGAUAAAUGUAACCAAAUUCCACAGUUAAUUUAUUCUUUUUUUUUUUCUAUUAAGAAUUUGUAUAAUAAAAUUUUUCAAAAACUGUGUUGUUGGCAACUGAUACUGAAUUUUCCAGAUGAGAAAUGUGUUGGUUCUUGAGAUUCUGAAAUAAAUUAUUGCUGAAUGUUCUUUCAACUAAA